GCCUUAUUAACAUAUUUUAUCUUGUUAUUAUUGUUAAGAGAUUAGCAAAAACAAAAUCAAAGCAUGCCAGAGUAUAUGAUAUGCCGAAUAUGCUUAACAGAAGAUAUGAAUGUUGACACCAUGACACCACUCUACGACGAACAGGACGUCCAAUGUCCCCUGGUUCGGAAAAUAGAGGAAAUCGGCAGCAUUAAGCUACCGCCACUGGAGGAUAUGCCUAGCCUGCUCUGUUGCAGUUGUGUCGGUAGCCUGACGAGCGCCUAUAAAUUUCGGGAAUUGUGCCAGGAGAGCGAGCGAACCUUUGCCAGCAGCGUUGUGAAGUUUUUCAAGGCUGAACUAAAAUUGGAGCCCACGGAUGAUCCUUCGCAAAUUGAAAGUGAUACGGUAGAGUACAUUUAUGAGGCUACCAACGAGUUUAUCGAUCCCGACGAGGAUAUUGAAUUCGACGCCAUGUUAGAAGAGCGCUUGGAGGAAACAAUUGAGGAGGCGGAGACGGAUGCGGCCUACGACGACUUCGAGGCGACUCGAGAUCUGGAUGACAAGAACAUAUUGCUUGGCAAUGCCAGUGACAGUGACUACGAUCCCAGUGAGCGUCUGCGAAAGCCAAAGGUGCGAAAAUCGCGGCAUGGCAAACGUGGUCGCGGACGGCCCCGGAAUCCGACACAUACAGUGCUGAAGCAUGGCCAGGCAAAACCAGCUGCCACGGCCAGUAAAUCAAAUGAGGACACCUCCACGAACAUCAUGUGUGAAAUAUGCGGUAAUAUCUACUCGAAGCGGGCCGCCCUCAAUAUUCACAUGCGUCGUCACAUGUCCGAGAAGCCUUUCGAAUGCGAGAUCUGCGCCAAGACGUUCGCCGGACCCUCAGAGCUAAAUCGGCACAUACGAGUGCAUACAGGCGAGAAACCGUUUACGUGCAAAUACUGUUCCCGCUCAUUUGCUGAUCGCAGCUCAAAUAUACGCCACGAAAGAACGCACACAAACGAGCGACCCUUUUCGUGUGGAACAUGUGGCAAAUCUUUCUCAUAUUCGAAUGUCCUCAAGAAUCACAUGUUGACGCAUACGGGCGAAAAGCCCUUCUUAUGUUUGCCGUGCAAUAAGACAUUCUCCCGCAAGCACCAGCUGGAGCAGCACAUGGGAACUAUGACCCAUCAGCAAACUGUUAGAGCUCUGCAGACUACCGAUGCGGUACGUCAUUCUGAGAUAUAUUAGUCAUUCGUAACGGAUUAAACAAUUAUUUAGUUUUUACAUAAGUUAAAAUAAAAUCUUUACUGUAAAUAAAAAGUACAAAUUUAAGAAACAUUUCAAACUCAAAAUGAA